CCACCCCCCACCCCAUUUUUCGGAAAACGUAUUGGCCUUUCGGAGUUUAAUCAGAAGAGGAUUCUCGUCCCCGUUUCCCCCGCUCUUCCGUCGUCCGUCUCCCUCGCGUGUUUCUGUCGUGGAGGGCUGAAGCAAUCCGGUGGCUACCGGUCCAUGCCUGCGCUCGAGCGUGUGUGUGCGAGUGUAAAUUGCCGAGAAGAGGGGGAAAUCACAGGACUUCUGCAAAUGCUGGACUGAAAAUUGUAAUUCAUCUGCCGCCGCUGCUGCUUUUUUGGCAACGCUGUCGUGCUCUUGAAAUCUCCGAUUGGAAUUCCUACGGGUUAACAUUUUCAGUGAAGCCGAAGUGUGGGGACGCAAUCUGGAAACCCUCUUGAUUUUUACUCCACCUAGCCCCCCACCUCCAACUACUGAUUCAUUGCAAGUUUCAAAGACGCUUAUGCAAGGAGACUUUUGAAGAUCAAUGGUGUCGUUGCCUUAUGUAUUUGGGUUUUACCAAAAAAGAGAGAAACUUGACAGAAGAUCAUGCCGUCCUUAAAAAAUACAGUAAGUUUUUUGCACAGGAAUUUGGUUUAAUGUAACUUUCAACGGACGCAUUUCAAUUUUUCUUUUCUUUCUUUUUCUUUUUUUUACUUUAAAUGCAUUCGAACAAAUUCAGUUUCCAGACAGUUUAGUUCGUUCUCUUUAGCGUGUAACUUGUAGCGGAUAUGCCCUUCCUCCCCUGAGAAUAUAAAGAAGAACACACCUGAUUUUAACUUGCUAGGUCGUCCCGCCCCUCACCUUUCAGCAUUGCGGAGGAAGUAGAAGGAUAUUAACGCAGCUUAAUAAAUAAUGUGCCUCAUGAAAUAAAGAGCCAAAAGGAAUUUGAAUAAAAAUUUCCUGCAUCUCAUGCCAAGGGGGAAACACCAGAGUCAAGUGUUCCGCGUGACUGAAGACACCCCCUCAUCCAGGAAUGCAAAAGCACAUCCAAUAAAAGAACUGGAUUAUAACGAUCAUUUUUUUUCUUUUCUUUUUUUCUUUUGGGGCCGUGGGGCGGGAGUCGGGACGAGAAGUGCUGUUGGUACCUGCAGCUUUUUUGGGGGAAGGAUGGCGCAAGCCGGGAGAACAGGGUAUGAUAACCGGGAGAUCGUGAUGAAGUAUAUCCAUUAUAAACUGUCACAGAGGGGCUACGAGUGGGAUGCGGGAGAUGUGGACGCCGUGCCCCGGGGGGCCGCCCCCACCGCUGGCAUCUUCUCCUUUCAGCCUGAGAGCAACCCAUCGCCCGCUGUGCACCGGGACACGGCUGCCAGGACGUCGCCACUAAGGCCCAUAGUCGCCACUGCUGGGCCUGCGCUCAGCCCGGUGCCACCUGUGGUCCACCUGACCCUCCGCCGGGCUGGGGAUGACUUCUCCCGUCGCUACCGUCGCGACUUCGCGGAGAUGUCCAGUCAGCUGCACCUGACGCCCUUCACCGCGAGGGGACGCUUUGCUACGGUGGUGGAGGAACUCUUCAGGGAUGGGGUGAACUGGGGGAGGAUUGUGGCCUUCUUUGAGUUCGGUGGGGUCAUGUGUGUGGAGAGCGUCAACAGGGAGAUGUCACCCCUGGUGGACAACAUCGCCCUGUGGAUGACUGAGUACCUGAACCGGCAUCUGCACAACUGGAUCCAGGAUAACGGAGGCUGGAUCUAACCCAGACUUGAAGGUCUUGAUGUAUGAGAUUAUUCAUCACCUUAUCAUUAAAGGAAGCAAGGCUUGAGCAAGGUUCUCACAGAAGGAGCAAGGUGGAUUUUACCUCUAUCAGUGUGUAGCUCAAGUAUUAAGAGAAUUGGAAUGAAGCCAUGAAGAUAAAUGAUCUCCGAUAAAAUCAAGCAGCCUGCUGAAGCUGAAAGUCAGUUCAGGUCAACAUUCCCAAAGAUGAGAGACUUAAGAUUUCAUUUCUAAAGACACUGACCAAUAGGAAGAGCAACAGGGCAGUCACACUGUUAGCCCAGUAGCUUUGGCUACAUUUAUGUUCUGGUUCAAACAGUCUCACAGCCUAUCUGUGGUUUCGAGAACCCUCAUCUCUUGACAUAAUGCCAGUUUCAAGCCUUGUUACUCACCGUUUGUCAUGUGUUUGAGAAAGAUCAUAUGAUUUGUUUACUUGUAAUGAAGGUUGACCAUGCUCCUCCAGGGGCUUUUAAAGUGACGGAUGUGUCAACUUGCAGAUUUGUCCCCAUGAAUGAAACCACAAACAAAUUCUCUUCUGUCUUCCCACCCCCACUCCCUGCCUUCUUCUAUGGCCAUCUGUGCCUCGUUUCCUUUGCCAGCCCCUCUUCAAGUGGCUUAUCUUUGAGUGAAUUCAGAAACUUCAAAUUAUAAAGGACACCCAGAUAAUUGGCCUGGUCUCCAAACUAUCUGUCCCCUGAACAGCUGCCAGAUUCCUUCUUAAUGAAUACGUCCACUGACAGAGAGAUGUUGAGCUCGCCCAUAUCCGUGAGAAAAUGAGCUCCCCUGCUCUGCAACAGCUUGCAGCAUGGGGGAAGCAAUGACAGCCAUUGCAAAAGUUCUCUUGGAAUGUAGUUUUCUUUCCCAUAAAUGAUACUUUGAGAAUACAGUUAAGGGUUAUUAGUUUUCUGUUUCAUGCUUGGCCUGUGUGAGAGAAUAACACAAGCUGUCACUGCGAAUCAGUAGCUUUAUCCGGUAAAUGUGAGUGUUUAAUAUUUGGCUUGAUUAAAAAUUAACUGAUGAGAGUCCGUGUCAUUGGAAUCUGAAAAUGCCUUUUGUAAGGAAUAUUUCAAGGGCAUGACCAAUGAGGAAAUGACUGGUUUAAAGACAUGGGAAAUUGAGGGGAGGGGUAAUGUGGAUGGAAACAUUUGACUUUGUCUUAAACCCGCUGCAUGUUUGGUACGGGGAAACGUUGGAAAGGACUGCCCUGGUUGUCAUUCUUAAGGACCAACUUGUAGUUUUAUAUUGGCAUUAAGUGAACAAUUUUUAAUUGGUCAUGCAAUUACUGAACACAGAACAGUAAAUUGACUAUUAAUUUAUAUGACUUCUUCACAAUGUACUGUAUUAGUUAUGUUUGUAUAACAGAAAUGACACAGGGAGGUGAAGUUUUGGAGCUCAUGGUUUUAGAGGGUUCAGUCUGUGAUUGCUUGGGUAGAGCAUCAUGGUGUGGAGAGUAUGUGGUGGGUGCUAUUCUUAACCAAUGGGAGGUGGGCAGGGAUGAGAUAACCCCAAGAGCUGACCCAUAUUAUCGACUUCUAGGGUUCACCUGCUGAAGUUUUCAGUUAGGGACUAAGCAUUUAUAAUGUGAGCCUGAGACUGAAGAGAGGACUUUGUGGUUAAGAGCACUAACUUACUCUUCCAGAAGAACUUGGUUAGAUUCCUAGCACCCACAUGGUGGCCAACAACUGUCUGUAAUUCCAGUUCCAGUGGGUCUGAUGUCCUCUCCGGGCUUCUUUCGGCACUCGGCAUGCAGGGGGUACACAAACAUACAGACAGGCAAAACAUUCAUACACACAUAAAAUAAAAUAAUAAAGUAAAAAACUGUGGGCCUAUGGGGAAUGUGUCAUACUGCUAUAAAUGAUAACACAAAUAUAUAGGCCAGGUCUGCAGCACCAUGGUCUGAAGUUCAUCAUCUGGAGCUGGUAGGACUCCAGAAUCAGCCAGUGCACACAAGCCUGGAGCUGAGGAGGCGUUUGUUAGGCCAGGAAGAGGUUCCCAGCCUGAAGGAGGAGCAUAGUUAGCCUAAUGAAGAGGAAAAUGUGUGAGCAGCUGACACGGUGUGGGGACUGAAGAGUACAUCCUGGCUGGAGCAGAGAAGACAGGGCAUGCUGGGAACAUGCACACCGGCCAGUCUGAGACCUUUGGGCAGCUGAUGCUGCUGAGACCGAGAAGGAAUGAAUGUGCAGUGAGAGACCCUGUGCCUGACCCAGGGAAUGGCAGUGUGGAUGCCAGGAACGGACUGUUUUGUGUUGGAAUGGGGUAGGAGGCAGGGGUUAUCUUGGAAGAUGUGGCGGUGCGCUAAACAUUUCAAGUAUCAUUCAUUUUCUCUUUGCGCUGUAGUGGUUUCCCCCGUAACUAUUUCCAGAGCACUGCGCUGAGUGUUUAGGUGUUUAUGAGUCCAUCCUGCCCCCAUAGCUCACUCUCUUAAACCAACAUUAUCUUCUAUGGCUACAAUUCACAAUGGAAUAACCCUUAAAAGGUCAGUUAAUAAACUUUCCUUUGAAGAAAGUUCAGUUACGAAAGGCAGCUGCGAUAGAAUCUUUCCUCAGGUGAAACAAGGACCAAAACUGUUCUGCAGAGUCCUGUGUGGGCCUAAGAAAGGCAGGGACAGCGGUCUGCCUUCCUUGUGGAUUCCAGACCCACACGUCCCGAAUCUCCAGAGAUAGCUUCCAGCAGUGCUUUAGAAGCAGGAAGCUCGGGAGGUGGCGGUCUUGGCAUCCAGGAGAUCCACCUGCCUCCUAAGACACCAGAUUGCUCAACAGGAAUUUGAUCAAACCUAUUUAAUUCUGAAAUUUUGUAUUCUCUACUGCUCUCUAUUGAGAAAAAUUCAAAAAAAUUAAAAUAUGGCUUAAUGAUACAAUGUAUGCCAAACACACACACACACACACACACACACACACACACACAAGCACACAAUAAAACUCAGUCUCUUGCUUCUGGAUAUUUCCCAUCCCAUGAUUCUGUGCUUGUAAAGUAUGCUUUGUGUUUGCUGCAGAGGGAAAUCUACAUGUUUCCCAAUUGAUGUUCAUACAUGAACUCAAGACCCUGUGGGGACUUAUGAGCCAGGCGGUCUUGGACAUGUAGCUCCUAAAAGAACAGUCCUGCCGGGCAGUGGUGGUGCAUGUCUUUAAUCCCAGCACUCAGAAGGCAGAGGCAGGUGGAUCUGUGUGAGGUGGAGGCCAGCCUGGUCUGCAGAGUUAGUCCCAGGACAGGCUCCAAAGCUACAAAGAAAUCCUGUCUCGAAACAAAAACAAAAAGAACAGUCCUAAAAGACUAAUUGGCGAUGUCUGCAAUACCCCACGCUACAGUACUAUAAACUACCCACCCACCCUGUCAACAGAGAGAGGAACCCAGUGAUUACUAAGAUGACAGCUUUUGGUUGUCACUACAUAACCAGCAAUUGUGCUUUUUUAUUUACUUUUAAAAAUGGGCUCCUUUCUAGGUAAAUAGUGAAAAAUGGGCAAACAUUCAUUAAAUUAAAAAAAAUGGUGGUGCUUUUAUCCUUAGGGUCACCCUGAAGUGCACGCUGAUUGCUCACUCAGCAAGCAUGUAUGGGCUUAGUGCAGGACGGGAGUGCUUGCCCAGUGAUGUGAGGGUUCUCUCCAGAGUGUGGCAAACAGUUCUUACUGUCGGGUGUGGUAACUCAUGUCUGCAAUCCCGCACUCAAGAGCUUGGGACUGGAGGAUUGCUGGCGGUUAAAGGUCAGCCUGGUCUUGUGGUGCAGACCUGUUUAAUCCCAGGACUUGAGAGAAGCAAAGACAUACAGGUCUUUUGAUUUGAGGUUGGUCAGCCUGGUUUACAUAACCAGAACAACCAGAGUCACACAGUGAGACCUUGUCUCAAACGACAAAGCAAAACAAAUUGUGUACCAGGCAGAGCUGCCACAAAAAACACAAUAAUCAAGGGCUCAUUCUUCAGUGGGACAUCCAAGCAGUAACGGGGGAGCUAGCAGAACAGAGGGAGGGCUGCAGAGGGACAAAGGCUGUGUGAAGGUGAACUCGGGUGUCGUGGGGUGUUGCUGCAGUUCACACAGCAAAGGACGAACGAAGGCUUUUGUUCGCCAGCACCAAAUUCAGUGCUCUGUCCGUACAUUUACCGUCAGUUUGAAGCCAGUUCCUCUGCAGCAUUAAUUAAAGAGAGAAACUAUUUUUGGAUCAUGUACUUUUAGCAUCUCUCCACUUAGGAAUCUCUGAUUCUUCUUUGUAUUUAUUGCACCACUGGCCAAUGGCCUGGGCAUCAAGAAUCAGGAAGGAAGGAGACAAGCAUUUAUUGAACCCCCUUAAGUGCCAGACUCCAGGUUUAACCUCACACACCUCCUCAGAGUGGGAAGCAGCAUCGUACCCACAGAAAGCCAAGCGAUUUCUCCCACUUCUCAGCAAACCCAGAUCUUACAUUCAGCAACCCCACUGAUAAUUAAUGUCCUCUGGAACAUAAAGAAAAAUUUAAACGUUUAAACAGAGACCUAUUAAAAAUGACAAAUUGGUACAUGUGGGAUUUUGUUUGUGUUUUAUUUUCUUUAAGAAGCUACCCAGUCACCUGUAUUUCAGUUACAAGGAGAUGAAAUCUUUCUCACAUUCUGGGUUCUAAACAGUCUUUCAUAGCUAAGAAAACUGAAGCUUUUAAAGGAGUCUUUCCUGUUUCUUUCUUCUCUGGCUCCAGUAUCUGUGCAGCUUUUGGAAAAAUAAGUGGUCACCGUUGCUUUGACUGCUGUGUGCUUCCACGGGUCAGCAUAUUCAGAAUGAGAACGCCCCCAGUACUGUUCCUGAUCCAGGCAGUGACUUCACCAGCCAAUUGUAAGCUGCCUAAUGCCUUUAAUAGAAAGGUGGCAAAGCCUGUGACUGCACAUCCGCUGUGCUCCUGACUCCCCGCUCGUUCCUAUUUUAGGCCUGACCUUUGUGGUGUUUUUCCAGAGUUCAGGAGUGGAAUGAUACGUUGCUCAAGUUUACAGGGUGAUGAUGUAUCUCUUUUUAGAGUUAGCUGUAAAUUUUGUUCUACUCAGAAGCAAACCCACCUUCAGCCAAGAUGCUGUUUCCAUGCCUGCAUUUUAAUUUGGGUGUUUCAGCCCAGAACAGGACAGUUUUCCAUAAUAACUCUUGAGCAGGAUGCACGGUGUGUGUUGACUUACAGGGCUAAGGGGGAUCCAACAUGAGCCAGGAAACCCCUUUCUUCAAAGAAAUAUAGACAACAAAUUCUGACUAGAAAGGAAACUCUUCCUACUUCCUUAUUAAGUGUUUUUGCUAUUGUUUGUUUUGUUUGAGAUGAGGUCUUGGUGUACAGCUCUGUUAGUCUGAACCUUGUCAUGUAGACCAGGCUGGCCUCAAACUCACAGAGAUAUGCUUGCCUCUCCCUCCCAGGUACUAGGAUUAAA